AUGGCGGAGGCUACUAGAGUAGCGGGGCAGCUGCUGUUCCAGAACUCCCUUGCGGAGGUGGUGCGGAAGUUGCGAUCCACCAGCAAAAGCGAGGCGGAGGUGAUCGAGCAGUGCAUCGCCGAGACCAGGAAGGAGAUCACCUCCACCGUGCAGAGCGUGAAGGUAACCGCCGUGCUCAAGGCGGUGUACUUCUCAAUGCUCGGCUACAGCGCGGCUUAUGGCGCGUUUAACAUCAUUGAAGUGAUGGCCGACAAGUUGUUCGCCAACAAGCGCACUGGAUAUAUGGCCGCNUACAGCGCGGCUUAUGGCGCGUUUAACAUCAUUGAAGUGAUGGCCGACAAGUUGUUCGCCAACAAGCGCACUGGAUAUAUGGCCGCGUGUCUCACCUUCACGCCCAAGACCGACGUGCUGCCGCUCAUGACGGCGCUGCUGAAGCGCGACCUCGCGAGUGCGAACCACUACGAAGUUGGUCUCGCGCUGUACUGCAUCGCCUCCGUCUGCACGCCGGACCUCGCGAAGGAUCUCGUCGUGGACGUGGUGAAUCUGCUCAACCACCCGCGCAGCUACGUGCGCAAGAAGGCGGUGCUGAGUCUCUACCGCGUCUUCUUCGAGUACCCCGACUCGCUGCGGCCGACGUACCCGCGGCUGAAGGAGAAACUUGAUGACCACAGCGAGCGCUGCGACAACGACCCGGCGGUGCGUGGCGCCGUUGUGUGUGUGCUGUGCGAACUCGCACGCCGCAACCCGGCGAAUUUUCUCGGCCUCGCCGUUCCCUUCUUCUCGAUGCUGUCGACGGUGCACAGCAACUGGACGCUCAUUAAGAUCGUGAAGGUGUUCGGCUACUUCGCCCCGCUCGAGCCGCGGCUGGGGAAGAAGCUGGUGGAGCCGGUCACAAAUCUCAUCCACACAACCGGCGCGAAGUCGGUGCAGUACGAGUGCAUCCUCGCGGUGGCCAAUGGCAUGAGCAAGGUGGCGUCGCUGACGAAGCUGGCGGCAGAGAAGGUGAAGCUCUUCAUUGAGGACGCCGAUCAAAACCUCAAGUACUUGGGCCUCGACGCCAUGUCGCGCAUGAUGGUGGAGAACCCAAAGCUGCUGAGCGACCAGCGGGAUAUCAUUAUCGCGUGCCUCGAUGACGCGGACUCGACGAUACGGCGCAAGGCACUGGAGAUACUCCACGGCCUAUUGACGAAGCGCAACAUCGUGUCGACUGUCAACAGUAUGAUGGAGCGCUGCGUGCGCACCCCGCCGGAUGAGGACUGGUCGAACCGCGUUAUUGCCACUGUUGUGGAGGUGGCGCAGACAGACGACUACGCCCUUGUGCCGGACUUUGAGUGGUACACAGGCGUCCUGCUUGACAUAAGUCUCGUGAACCUCUCCACAUACCAGCACGGUGGACUCGUGCAGCGCGAGUUUGUGACGGUUCUCACACGCGUCAACGCCGUGCGGCAGUUUGGCGUCAACGCCCUCAGCCAACUGCUAUCCAACACAACCCUGUUGAACUGCGACGCCACGCUCUCAACACAGUGGGAGGUUAUUAAAGCGGCCGCAUUCCUUUGCGGCGAGUACCCGUAUUGGCUGGAGGAUAUUCGUCACACGUGCGCGCAGCUUCUAAGCGACCGCAUUGCUGUGCUCCCCCCAGAGGCACAGGUGAUGUGCGUCGCUGCUGUGGGUAAAAUUGCCGCAUACGUGCACCAGCCAUGCCAGCGUCACCUUGCGCUUUGCAACGGCGAGGAGGAGUUGACGCUGCCGGAGGACCCUGUGACAGAUGAUGAAUUGCGCGAGGUGAUUCUUCCACCGCAACACUUUGAUGCAGCUGACAAGGGAGAGGGCAGUGGGAAUGGCUGUGGCCGGCUGCUGCACCAAAAGCAGUACGUUGGCCUGCAGUUGUUCCGCCACAGCAUUCACUCUGAUGUGCAGGAGCGGGCCAACCUGGUGUUCUAUCAGGUUGACAAGGACCCUGACCUCGGCCCCUGCCUCUGCGCUGAGGAGCUUCUGCCGGUUGCUGUUGGCGCCCAGGACGCGGUGGAGCUUCCGGAGGGCCUCGACCUCGAUGAGCCCUUCUGCAGCCGCCUCCCGGAGUUGAUGCAGCUGUCCGACAGCGAAGAGGAUGACGGCGACGAUGACGAGGGCAUCUUCGACGACGGAGCCGAGCGGCAGCGGUGGCGGGAGCAGGCGCGGCGCGGAGAGGUGGCCGCGUUCUACAUCAAGGAGCAAUCUCUCGCGCGCGAGGGGGUGCCAGUGGAGGUGGAGCUGGAGACCGUCACGGCGGCAUCGCUGCAGCUGCAGGACGUCCCGCGCCAGCCACGCAAGACGCAGACGAUCAAUCGCGAACUUUCACGCCCGGUGAAUUACGUCCCGGCAACGCAAACGAGGCGGCAGAAGGAACAUGAAGAGGAGGUGGACGAGGCCACAAGGAAGUUCCGCAACGUGGAUGUUACGCGAGCUCUUGCGGCGAACGAGAAGCUGCCAGAGACGAUUCCGUACACGCAGCUGCUGCAGCUACGCAGCGCGGCAUCCCCCGCGAAGGCAGCGGAAGAGGCGGCAGCAGCAGCGGAAGCAGAGGUAUUUGAGCCUGUCGUGCUGCUCGACGAGCGGUACCUGCGUGUUACUCUCUCUGUGGAGCCGUGUCGCCUGCGGAAGGACGGCACACGGCUUGCUUUCUGUGUGGAGGUGACAAACCUGGCAAGCAGCAGCAGCGUGUACAAUGUCACCCUUCGCGUGCAGCACGACGAGCAGAACUACACGGAGCAGAUUGUGCGUCUAGAUCCGGAUGAACCGCAUAGCAGCAGCAACAACAACAACAACAACAACAACAACAGUAGUAACAAUGAUAACGAGAACGGUGCCACUCAAGAUGAAAUGGCGGAAAAUGUCGUGCACAUUGCAGAUCGCAUCAAGGGAUCCUCGUCCGUGCGCAAAGAAUCGGCCAUCAAGUUUGUCGCGCAGCUUCCCGUCUCCUUUGCGGAGCCACUCCCCUUCACGCUCACUUACACACGUGACAAGAAACCGACGACGGCGUCAUUGCUGCUGCCGCUCCGCUACGGGUACUUCGCCAAGGCGCCAAAGGACACAACCCCUGCGGAGUUCACUGAGACGGUGCUUGGAAGGCUCUUGCUGGAGACGUCAGUGGUGGAGAGCUUCGUUGCCAUCAGUGCAAGUCGUGUACCACUUGCGCUGCCGUUGAUUCUACAGAAGCUGCGGUUGCGUACGGUGGAGGUAUUCAAGGAUGCCGUGUCGCUGCACGGUGUGCUGCACGCCCGUAAAUCCACUUCGGACGCCGCGCAUGUUGCGGCGCUGCUGUGGGAGAAUAUUGUGGACGGCGAGAAGGGCAUCGGCAUUGCGGUAAAGGCGCGGCAGCUGUGUCUGGCGGAGCUGCUGGUGCAAGAGAUUGCCGCGCUGCUGCUGGAGGAGGCAGCGUAG